AUGGUGGUUGGUAGUAUUGGAAAAGUUGAUUUUGAGAACUGGACCUCAAUGCCUUUGAACUACAAGUCCGAAAUAAGGACUGCAGAUGCACAGGAUUCCUUCAAGGAUGGGGUGGUUGUUUUGGUCACUGGAUGCUUAACCGGAAGGGAUAAGUUAAAAAGGAAAUUCGCCCAGACAUUUUUCCUUGCUCCGCAGGACAAGGAACCUACUCAUGUGGUUGAUCCUCCAAAUCUCGACCAAGCUAGCUCACCUACAGAAGAAGUUCAAUAUGUUGAGGAAAAAGCCAAUGACUCUUCGGUAGAUGGGAGGCAAGUUGUUGAUGAAAGAGAGAUUGUUGUGGAAAAUGGAUCAUAUUUCAACAAGGACCAGCACCCUACAAAUAAAGAAUCAGCUAAUUCUGUUGCCCAAGAGGAUGCUCCAAAGAAGCCGUAUGCAUCAAUUGUUAUUUCACAAACAAAGAAAGGGCCAACCAAAAUAUAUGUACCCACCAAUACUUCCAGAGUGGCUCCUCUGAAGGCUGUAAAGCAGCCGGUUGCUGCAGUAGCACAAAACGUAGCUCCUGAAGCAUCAAAUCCUACUACCACUAGUGGAAUCGAUGUACCUGAAUCUAAUGAUGCUGAAGAUGAAGCUGAGGGAUACUCUAUUUAUGUCCGAAAUUUGCCUCUAGAUGUUACUGUAGCACAACUUGAAGCUGAAUUUAAGACAAUGGGCCUAUUAAGCAAGGAUGUGUACAAGUUUGAACAACAAGGAUUCUGCUUUGGCUUUGUUGAAUUUGAAGAUAUGAGCUCUAUAAACCUGUAUGGCACUGUUGAUGGAGCUCACAUCCUCAAAUUCAAAAAAGCCAAAUCAGAAUCCUUGUUUCUGCAGCAAAGAGAAUAA